GGCCACGCCCAAUCUCGUGACAAACACUUUGGCGCGUGGAGAAGAAAUGGCGGCUGAACAGGCAGCCAAAAGGCCUACAAUUACCACAAAAAUGGCCAAAAUAGGAGACGAGGAAGACAGCAGGGGCUCUAGCACGAAUCACAAGGACGGAGACGAGAACGCUCAACUCGCCCUUGAAAAGAUAGUAGGAAUCCAGCACGAGAUAGACAGUCUUAACGAGCAGGCCUCAGAAGAAAUAUUGCACGUGGAACAGAAAUAUAACCAACUACGUAAACCACACUACCAGAAGAGAGCAAAACUAGCCCAAGAGAUACCAGAGUUCUGGUUCACGACCUUAACGAAUCAUCCUGCCAUCUCUCAGUUACUAAACGAGGAGGACGAGCAGGCUUUAAUAUAUCUUGAAAAUCUCACAGUAGAUGAAUUUGAAGACGUGAAAUCCGGAUACAAGAUUAGCAUGCAUUUUAGACCCAAUCCGUACUUUGAAAAUGCUGUCUUGUUGAAGGAGCUUACUUUAGAUGUCUCGGGUGAUAGUACGAUAACAGGGACGGACAUUAAAUGGAAGCCAAACAGAGAUUUAACGAAGCAAUCAGACGUAGAGUUCAAAGGCAGAAAGAGGCCACUAGAGGAGGUCCCCAGCUUCUUCUGCUGGUUUAAUGACACCAACGGGAACGAGUCCGAUGAAAUAGCCGAGACUAUUAAGGAUGAAAUUUGGCCGAAUCCAUUGCAAUUUUUCUUGCAUGGUGAGGUUAGUGUUGAUGAAGGGGAAGAGGAAGAGGAUGAUGAAGAUGAAGAGGCUGAAGGUGACAUUGAAGGAGAAGAAGAUGAUGAAGAUCCUGACCCCGAUGAACUGGUUGAUUUAGAAGAAGAUGAAGACGAUGAUGAUGAAGGUCCUGACGAUCUCUAGCUAAAUCUUUUUAAAUUUUUUUCCUGACAUUUUCGUUGGCAUUUCAUAUGUACUCUCCAUCUCUCUCUUAUCUCUUCUUUUUACUUUCUCUAUUUAGACAAAACACAUUCACAAACGUGUAUACAACAUACACACAAACAUAAUAAUUAUUAUGUCCCCAUACAUACAGUGCCUUCCUUUUCCUUAUGAUAUCUCUUCUAUGC